AUGAAAGCACAAACGCAAGAAAUGGAACAAAAAUUCAUAGCUAAAUUGCAUAGAAAAGAAGACCAGUCGAAGGAAAUAUUUGCAAAAAAAACUGGAAGUCCUCAACAAAGAUCAACGGUCAAGAGAAUUAAACAAAAGUCAAGAAAACAAGCACAUAAGCCAGAUUUUGAAUACCAACCAAUGACAAAAGCCAAAGAAGAUACAAGGAACAAGACAGAAGCUGCUGCUGAUGUACCUAAACCAACAGAGGGUACCGAUGAAGAAAAAGAGAAGAAGAAUGAAAAGAAAAAAGAAGAAAUCAAAACAGAGAAAGAACCUGCUACUAAACCCGAGCAAAAAGAAGGUGCUCAUGAAGCAAAAAAGCAACGGAAAAAAAAAAAGAUGAAAGAAGAUAUUGACCAAGAGAAAGAAGGUGCUGCUAAAACCAAGCCAAAAGAGGAUGCCAAUCAAGAGAAAACACAAGUUCAAGUAUUGGAAAGUGAUGAUGAUUUCAAGGAAGAAUCAAUCCAUAACAAGCCACUCGGCAUUUUAUACGGCAAAACAAACAAGGAAUGA